GUGUGGCGUCUGGGAGCUGUCCCAGGAAUCAUGGUGCUGAAGCUGCAGCACCAAUUCAGCAGCCAAUGAUCACAGGAGAAUGCGGGGCUACGGUUGCUUUCACCCAGAGCAGGACAGUCCGACAAUCGUAUUGGAUUUUAACGGAGGGAUUUAAACCCAUCGGCUUUUUCUUUGAAUAUGGAAAUUCGAUAAUUGGGGAUGUAAGCUUCACACAGACUUGUCAGCGACCUGCAGGCUGGCUGGAGAUCUAUGAAAAAAUCCUGAAACUGUGAGUCGUAUAAAAACCGGGGUAGCUCGCCAGCUGUUUCAUUUAUUGAACUUAAUGGCUUCAGACACUUGUUUGCAUCGAUGGGAUUUGUUUGCCUUUUGGAUUUACAUUCUCGUGGGAAGACAAUAAAAUACUUUCAAUUAGAAUAGCCCAUUCUAACAUAGAAAACGACUGUAAAAGGCUGCUUUAAACCCCAACAAACACUGGAAAACGCACCCCCACUAUCCCAUCCCACACAUUUUAAGAAGUAUUUGCUCAUGACGGGGACACAUACAGUAGAUGCUGUUUUCUUCCUGCACCUUUGCAUGGUGCUGUGAGUUUGUGGCCGGAUACAGCCUGCUGCGCAGCCAGGGCAUGCUGAAGAGCCGCUGUUGCGUCCUGCUCGGUGACCUGAGGGUGCUCCUUCUCGGGCCACCGGUACCACCGACACCGCUGCCUCCGCUGACCCCCAUGAGCGUCCAAGCUACGGAAAGCCAUGAAACAGGCGUCACCGUCCCCGACAAUAACAACACCCUAACGCGGAGCCACCAGCAAGCAGGGGACCGGAUUGCCCCGCUUGCAGCAGGAGCCACUGGGCCACCAGGCGGAGAGCGACCGGGUUGGGUUGAUGCUGCAGAGCUGUCGGCUGCCCUGCGCGGCUGCAGCAGCUCCUCUGAUGACUGCUCAAAGGGCAAACUGGAGGAGAGGUAUUCCCUCACCAGCUACACAAGUGGCUUCAGGACUCCCUUGUGCAGGAUCUGCUUCCAGGGACCAGAACAUGGGGAGCUCCUGAGCCCAUGUCGGUGCAGUGGGUCAGUACGUUGCACCCACCAUCCAUGUCUCAUCAAAUGGAUCAGUGAGAGAGGAUCCUGGGCCUGUGAGCUCUGCUACUACAAAUAUCAGGUCAUUGCCAUCAGCACCAAGAACCCACUACAGUGGCAAGCCAUCUCUUUGACAGUGAUAGAAAAAGUGCAGAUAGCAGCAGCCAUCUUGGGCUCCCUGUUCCUUAUGGCCAGUAUCUCCUGGCUGGUGUGGUCAUCUUUCAGCCCCUCAGCCCGCUGGCAGCGACAAGAUCUGCUUUUCCAGAUCUGCUAUGGCAUGUACGGCUUUAUGGAUAUCGUCUGCAUCGCACUAAUUGUCCACGAGGGACCUUCUGUGUUUCGUAUCUUCCACCGCUGGCAAGCCGUGAACCAGCAGUGGAAGGUCCUGAACUAUGAUAAGUCUAUGGACAGCGAUGACCUGAAGAACACCACUGUGGACAGGACUCUGUCUCAGCCCAGCCCAGGCUAUCAGACUGGGGUAGGAGUGUCCACCUCCACCUCCUCGCUGAUGGUGGUAGCCUCCACAGCCGAUGGCUCAACUUCUACAACCGCAGUGACUGCCACAGGAGGACUGGAAACACAUGUGGACCCCAACAGCGGCAGUGCAGUGCCAGACCAACACUAUCCCUACAACAUCCUUCACCUCCUCAGCCAUCUCAGGCAGCCGGAAGCCCGCAGCCAACCCAGCAAUAGCACACGAGAGCUGGUCAUGAGAGUCACUACAGUCUGAGGAGUCAGUUGAGAGACCUUAUCUCACAUGGAGGUGAAAGAUUUAUGAACCAGCUGAUAAUUGAAAAAAAAAGAAGUCCUAUCUUAACUGCACUGGAUUAAUACCAUGUUCUUGUUUGUUUCAAAAUGCAUCUCUGAUGUCCUUACAUGGAUUGAAUAAAAGUCGAAGUUGUUUGAUUUGCAGAA